AAGCGGGGAAGGAGUGUGUGCGACCGAGUUAGAGAGCGGCAGUGCCAGACAGUCAGCUUGAGCUGCAACCCGGGAGAGGCGAUGAUGGCGGCGGCUAUAGAGAGAGGAGGGGUUCGGGCCGCCUUCCUAAAUCCAGGCAGCGGCGGUGGCGGUGGACCAGCACCGGCAGCCAGCCCGGUUGGACCCGGAGCGGGAGCUGGAGUGGUUGGCUUCGGUUCGGGGGGCUCCGGUCCGAUGCCCGUCCCGAUGAACCUUUUUGCCACUUGGGAAAUAGACCGCACUUCACCAAGCUGUGUUCCAAGGCUAUGCAGCCUCACCUUGAAGAAACUGAUUGUCCUGAAGGAACUGGAUAAAGACCUCAACUCCGUUGUAAUUGCUGUUAAAAUACAGGGCUCCAAACGGGUCCUAAGGUCUAAUGAGUACGUCCUCCCUCCCAGCGGCCUGAUGGAGACCGACCUAGAGCUCACCUUUUCGCUACAGUAUCCACAUUUCCUCAAGAGGGACGCCAACCGGCUACAGAUCAUGCUUCAGAGGAGGAAACGCUACAAGAACCGCACCAUCCUGGGCUACAAGACGCUCGCGCUGGGGGUCAUCAACAUGGCGGAGGUGAUGCAGCACCCGACAGACGGAGGCCAGAUCCUUGGUCUCCAUAGCAACGUGAAAGAGGCCCCUGUCCGUGCGGCAGAGAUUAGCGUGUUCUCACUGUCCAGCCAGCCCAUCGACCACGAGGACGGAAGCCUGCAGGCCGGGCCCAAGACCAAAACCUCAGACCGUUCUCCUGACAUCGAUAACUACUCUGAAGAGGAUGAGGACAGCUACUCCUCAGAACAGGAAGCAAGCGAUGAUGCAGUUCACGGGCAGGACCUGUAUUACGAGGAAGAUGAAGUCAGAAAGCCAAAGAAGUCCCGGAGGAAAAUGACCCGAACUACAUCCAUGACAAGGCAACCCAACUUCAAGCAGAAGUUUGUGGCCUUACUGAAGAGGUUCAAAGUGACGGACGAGGUUCUGGACUCUGACCCAGUGGAUCAGACCCAGGAGGUGGAGGAGGAUUUGGACCUGCUCUACAACAGCCUGGAGGAGUACAACCAGAGCGACAGUGCGCCAGAGAUCGAAGACAACGAGAGUGUCCUCAGUACCCCCAAACCUAAACUCAAGCCAUUUUUUGAAGGAAUGUCCCACUCCGGCUCGCAGACGGAAAUUGGGAGUUUGCACAGCCAGAAGAGCCAGCCCAGAGACAUCGCCAGUCCUCAGGGUGGAAGCUUCCUUUCCACAGAGAAGAGCAGAUUGCCUGGGGCCAGGUAUCUAAAUGAUGCUGUCAUGGAGACCACCCCUGGGGAGGUGGAGGAAGAGGACGCGGGGACGGGAGAGAUCACUGGCAGCCGGGAGAGCAACACUGACAGGCUGGUCAGCUCGGUGGGGAAACUCUGCAAGACGGAGUCCCAGAACCAUAUGUCACCCAGCAGGGCGGAGAGCAAGCUGCACCGGCGGCCGCGCAGCACCUCCAUGAAGGACCGGCAGAACUCCAAGGCCCAGAGCGACCGCACCAACAGCAUGGACAGCGAGAGCUCCCCAGACUCCCGGCACACAGCGCAGCUGCCCAGGAAGUCUGUGUACGACCAGCUGAACCAGAUCCUGAUCUCUGACGAGCGGCUGCCGGAGAGCAUCAUCCUCAUCAACACCACGGACUGGCAGGGCCAGUACCUGUCGGAGAUCCUCCAUGAGAAGAAUCAACCCAUCGUGUCCACAUGCUCUAUGGCAGACGUGCAGGCUGCCUUCAAUACCAUCGUCACCCGGAUACAGAGAUUCUGUAACUGCAAUGCCCAGACGCCUCCCACGAUCAAGGUGGCAGUGGCAGGGGACCAGAGCUACCUCAGCACCAUCCUGAGGUUCUUUGUGGAGCAGUUAGCCAACAAGACGCCUGAUUGGCUGAGUUACAUUCGCUUCCUGGUCAUACCCAUCGGUUCGCAUCCAUUGGCGAAGUAUGUGGCGUCCUUUGACAGCAGGUUCAACAGCAUCUUCAUGGACACGGCGUGGAGGGACCUGUUUUGCCGAUCAGAGCCCCCUGCCUCAGACAGCAUAGAUGUGGCGGGGCGGAUCAUCCAGUACAUUGCAGGGGCCAGCGUGUCCCAUCAGUUCCCCAUCUCCGAGGCCAUGCUGACCUACAAACAGAAGAGCCCUGACGAGGACUCCUGUCAGAAGUUUGUGCCAUUCAUCGGGGUUGUGAAAGUAGGCAUAGUGGAGCACAGUCUCUCCACCUCAGUGGACUCUGACGAUGCCAUGGGUGGGAGUUUGGGCUUGCUGGCCUCCCCCACUCCUCAGUCAGCCUUGCCAUAUGGGAAGGAGAUAGCGGGCACGCCCCCACAGUCCCCAUCUGUUUCUACCGCCCUCUCUGGGGCUGGCUCUCCGUGCUCAGGUGGUGAGGUGAUGGGGCUGCAGGUGGAUUACUGGUCGUGGCAGGGCCCAGAGAAGAAGAAGGACGGGGAGAAGAGGGACGUGGGCCUCAAGAAUACCCUGAAGAGCAACUUUCGCUCCCUGCAGGUCAGCCGGAUCCCCAACGGGGGCGAGCUCACGCCCCCACCCUGCAUGUCCAUGACCGUGGUCACCAAGGAGAAGAACAAGAAGGUGAUAUUCCUCAGCAAGAAACCCAAGGAGAAAGAGCUGGACUCGAAAAGCCAGGUGAUCGACGGUAUCAGCAGGCUGAUCUGCACCGCCAAACACCAGCACACUAUGUUGAGAGUUUCAAUCGAUGGGGUGGAGUGGAACGAUGUCAAGUUUUUCCAGCUGGCUGCCCAGUGGCCCACUCACGUCAAGCACUUCCCUGUGGGGAUCUUCGGCUAUACCAAGCCAGUGUGACGUCCGCUGCCACGAGGGCCCUUUCUCCAGAGCUCGUCUUUCAGAGAGGGGAGGGAUGGGAGAUAGGCCA